GAUGACUCUUGUUCUCCCAGCCCUCAUCAAGUCACAGCUUGCCAAGGAUAUUGGCUAUGGUCUCAUUAUUGGAACCAUCCCAGGUCUCUACUUCAAGUUUGGUUACUGCAGAAACUACAUCAACAGAAGAGAGGAGUACUAUGCCGCUCUCGACAAGCAGCCAAUCGACGACGCCAACAUCUAAACGGUGCGACACAUACUUUUCCCCCAUCUGCUGUCUCUCUGUUGUGUAACAACAAUAUAAUACAAAAAAAGAUA